CAUGGUGGGAGUAGGUGGGUGGUGUUUACCACAGUCAGCUGAUGGCGGAGGGACAAGCAACAUGUCAGUAUUUGAGAAGAAGAAAGACAACAGGCUGCUGAUGGACGACACAAAGCCACUAGUAUGUAAUAUUACAGACGCCCAGAACACAGACGGACACGUUGAAUACUGUGUGGAGGUUUGGCGUACUCCUGACACAGAGACCAAAUGGACUGUGAGCCACCGAUAUUCAGACUUUGCACAGCUUCAUGCAGCCCUCAAAGUUGGAUCUGUUGUCCUGCCCCAACUUCCUCCUAAGAAAGUGUUUGGAAACACUGACAGAGAUUUUAUUAAUGAGAGGAAAGCAGCUUUACAGAAAUAUCUGGAAGACAUUCUCUCCAAUCCUGUAUUGGCAGCAUCACUUGUAGUAAAGAGAUUUCUUGAUCCGAAGAGUUAUACAAGGAAUUUUCAAGAGGAAGCAAGGCAAAAUGUUCACAUUGUCCUUAGAUCUGGGGGCAGUCAUGAGGUUACAGAAGCUUUGGCAAGCUGUGGUACAAGAAUAUCCAAAGAAUAUUUUCUAGCACACCCUUUGUCGGAUCCCAAAACACAGCAUGUGCUUUGGUGGGCUCCAUUUGGUCCUGAUAGAGCUAUGAACCUUCGUGACACCCAUGCUACUCUAACAGCUCUUGUGCAGUGCCAGCAUCCAUACAUAGUGCCAGCAGUCAGUAGUGUCGCCUCAGAAGCUGGAGUGUGUGUCGUGCGACCCUGGUUUCCUCAGGGUACUGUUCGUGAUAUGAUACAUGAUGCUAAACCUCGAGGAAACUUUCUGAUCAAGUACUCCAGUGAUAAGCCUUCGAGCAUUCGGCAGAGAGAUUGUGCAAUUUAUGGAAGACAGAUUUUAGAGGCACUUCUCUUCCUGCAUGAGAAAGGUUUAGGUUAUGGUCAUCUCCAUACGGGAAAUUUGGUUAUAGAUAAUAAUGUAUGUCGCCUGCUGGACCUAGAAAACCAGGUUGUUGGGCUACCAAAUCAGUUGAGAUCUCAAAUGGUUCAUCAUCGGAAAAUCAACUCGAUGGAAGCAAUUGAUGUGUACUGCUUUGGACACGUGUUGUAUGAAAUGGUGUUCAAAAAACGUCUUGCAACCAACACUUGUCCUGAAUUUCCUCCAGAGAGCCCAGCUCUGUCAAGGUCAGUGCUGGAGAGUAUACUAAGUGCAGAAGCAUGCAAGAAUGGGCUUCCAACUGUUGCUGGACUCCUCACACACCCUUUCUUCAAUCAGGUUCCACUUCACAGUUACGAGAAGCCAAGUUUACGCCUUCCGUCAUCUGUCAAGCAAGCUGUAGCACAAUCUCAGGAGGCCAUGUUACUCAGACUCGCAGCUGAUCAGAAGAAAAUACGGCAACAGAGAAAGCUGUCAAAGGCCGAAGCUUUUGUUUCACAGCAGUUUAGCAAGAGUACUAGAUCCAAAAAGAAUUUGCAUCUUGACACAAAUGGUUUAUCUACAAAAAGCAAUCAAAGAGCAUCUGGAGACAUUGUCAAUAGUUCAGGUGAUACUCUAAAUGGUAAUGAUGAUGAUGGGCAAACAAGCUCCUCUCCAUCUCCAACGUUGUCACCACCACCUCCGCCACCACCACCAACACCUGUAACUCCUUUAUCUCCUACUGUUGCAUCUUUCCCAGAUGAUCCUUUUUCCAGUAAGUUCCAGGAUGCGGGUGAAGAACGUACUGCACUUCUCUCUGCUAUUGGUGGAUUUAAGAAAAACAAGCUGAAGAAAACGGAUACAAAUGACCGAAGUGCACCUCGUAUCUAGGCAUGACUAGUGCCCCUUGUGUUAUAAAAUUGGCCACUGUUCAUAACUGUUUUUGCUAUAUAGUGAUACUCCAACAAGUGAUGCAUUUUAUUUCUGCUUGAGACCAGGAAUAAAUUUCUCAAGUAAUAUGAAGUCAUGGGAGUGGGAAAAUUUACAAGGGUACUCCUCGAGUAUUUUGUAAGGAGUUUAGUCCCACUAUUGAUGCUCUCUUUAAAUAUAAGGUGAAGUUGAUGUUCCUUUUUUGUUUAUAUAUAUAAAACUGGUCAGCCGUGCCAUUUACAUUAUGAAGAAUAUAUUUUAAGUUAUAUUGUGUGUAGGUUUCCAAGUUCACGAACCAUGAUUAGAUUUGUUGAUUUCCUUUAAUAAUGCCUGCACUCUUUCAAGUACAGCAGAUAGAGUAAACAUAGUGCAGGGAUAGUUGUCUGAUUUUCUAGCUUGUCGAGUUAUAUUCCAUUCCAAAACUAGGCAUUUAACCCAUGUUCAUGAGAUUUGAUUCUAUUACUUGCAUUGAGAUUUGAUCCUAUUACUUGGUGGAAUGGAAACCGAGCCAUAGGGAUGUUGAUCCUUGAAGCCAAUGCAAGGGAAGGUAACCUGCACCUCCUUGGAUAAAUUAUGAUAACUUAUAUUUCUCAUUCAUUAUCAACUUUUAAAUGACACCGAUACAUCCUUUGACUAAAUAUUCUUAGAGAUUUACAGACAACUAAACGGGAAAAAUACAAAUGGUGAGGUCACUGAACGUUCUUAAAAUUCACUGAAAAUACAAACCUAUGAUCAGAUGCAGAUUGAAACAUUGGUGCUUUAAAUACAAGCUGGUGUAUCAUGAAAUUUCUAGUCAACUAGUUGAUCUGGGUAGGCUUUCCUUGGAAGCACUUAAGUGUAGGGAAUAAAAUAACUUUUUUCCCCUUAACUAUUGAUUGAUUUUUCCUCUAGCUACACUUGCACUGCUACUUGAUAUCUACAACACUGAGACCUUACUCCUUUCUGGGAGCUCCCCAUCAGGGGGUGGCCACAGUUUCUCUAGAAGACUUUAUCACCUUUUGCUUUUUCAAUCUCUUAUCUUCCUCCUCCAAUUUCUUUCAUUUAUUGUGCCACUCCUCCCUCCCUAAAUAUUGGUUGUCUGCUUUACCAUUUGAUCCCCUUAUUUCACCCUUGUACAGCAUUCUUAUUCAAUAAUUCUCAGGCAUUCUUCUGGCUUGCUCAUAUUACCUGAUUGUAUUGUGCUUAAACUCCACUUUUCAUUCUUUCACAUCUCCCAUAUACUUAAUAUACUCACCCAUAUGCAUCGCCUAUGCUUCUUAAAAAAAAAAAAAGUAAUUUCCACUCUUUGAGAAGUCUUUAUGUUGGCAUUAUGAAUUGCCAACGUAUUCUUGAUAAUCUUUCUCCAUAUUUUCCAACAUUUUUUCUGGGGACAGCCCCAUCAGCUCCUUGAAUAUCUUCUUGUUUGCAUACCGGGGACCAUGAGCCCCCUCACCAAGGCGCAGGAAGCAAUGGCCCAUGAACACUUUAAAUGGGGUGUUUAUAUACGGAGAUGUGCAAGAGACGGAAGUUUUCCUGUACUAGAGCUGCAUGUGCUUAUGGUUCUUUUCCCUGUUCACUUUGUAGGUACUACCCUUGUGUGGUCAGAGUUGCCUUUCCUGGGGCAUUCCGGAAACACUCCCAUCAGGGAAUGGGGGGGUUUCCCAGCCCUUGGGGUAAGCUGGGGGUCUUUGGCUUUCUGUCUUGCUCUGGGUUAGGGAGUGUUUAUGGUUGGUGGGGCCUGCUCUUCAGCUAGUGAUGGCACACCAUUGUUUCUCCUGGGCUGUUUGGUUGCCGCUGUUGUGCCUAGGGUGUUUUGAGCUUUCACUUCUAGUACGCUUGCUUCCUGCUGGGGAGUUCUGCCUUUCACCUUACUAGGUGUGUGUGGUGCAGAUCUCUGGUUCAUUCUGGACUUGUCUAAACUGGUUGAUUACUUGCCCCUCCUUUUGGAUGACUACAUUGUCCCAGGUCUGGCUCGUGCUCGAGCCAGGCAUUUGCAUGCUUUUCCUGGACCUCGGAGAUGCUUGUUGGCUCGCAACCCGUUCUCGCAAAUUCGUAAAGUCAAUAUUGACUUAUUAAAUAAGUGCAUAGGUGACAUACAAAACAUAAUAGAUACCCUUAAAAAGCUUCAUA